AAUAGUUCCACCUCCAUCAGGCUCUCCUGCAAGCAAAUAGCAAGAGCCCAGCCAGAGAAGCUUUCUAGCAAGCCAGCCGGUUUGGAUUUGAAAGUUCUUAGGGUUGGGGCGAGUUUUUAGGACAAAUGGAUUUAAAACCUGCUUGACCAUGGACCCCUGACAGAAACCCCUGCAGCGCUCAUUGCAGGAGUGACCAGGACACUACCUUCUAGAAGUAAUGCCCACAGAAAGCGGAAGUUGUUCAACUGCUCGUCAAGCAAAACAAAAACGCAAGUCACAUAGCCUUUCUAUACGAAGAACUAACAGUUCAGAACAAGAGAGGACAGGACUCCCGAGAGAAAUGUUAGAAGGACAAGAUUCUAAACUGCCUUCUGCAGUUCGCAGUACACUUCUGGAACUUUUUGGUCAAAUAGAAAGAGAAUUUGAAAAUCUGUAUAUUGAAAACUUAGAAUUGCGUAGAGAAAUUGAUACUCUUAAUGAUCGCUUGGCUGCCGAAGGACAAGCAAUUGAUGGGGCGGAAUUGAGUAAGGGCCAACUGAAAACAAAAGCCAGUCACAGUACCAGUCAGCUUUCUCAGAAACUAAAGACAACCUACAAGGCCUCCACCAGCAAGAUUGUCUCCAGCUUUAAAACCACCACAUCAAGGGCCAUCUGUCAGCUCGUGAAGGAAUACAUUGGUCACAGGGAUGGUAUCUGGGAUGUCAGUGUUGCAAGGACACAGCCAGUAGUGCUUGGGACAGCGUCUGCUGAUCACACAGCUUUGCUAUGGAGCAUAGAGACUGGAAAGUGCCUUGUUAAAUAUGCAGGACAUGUGGGCUCAGUAAAUUCUAUAAAAUUUCAUCCCUCAGAGCAGUUGGCUCUCACUGCUUCAGGAGAUCAGACUGCUCACAUUUGGAGAUAUGUAGUACAGCUGCCGACUCCUCAGCCUGUUGCUGACACUAGUCAACAGAUAUCUGGAGAAGAUGAAAUAGAGUGCUCUGAUAAAGAUGAGCCUGAUGUAGAUGGAGAUGUGUCUAGUGACUGCCCUACCAUUCGAGUCCCAUUGACAUCUCUCAAAAGUCACCAGGGUGUGGUUAUUGCUGCUGACUGGUUGGUUGGUGGGAAGCAGGCAGUGACAGCUUCGUGGGACAGAACAGCAAAUUUGUAUGAUGUUGAGACAUCUGAACUUGUUCAUUCUCUGACAGGGCAUGACCAGGAAUUAACACACUGUUGCACACACCCCACCCAGCGGCUCGUGGUGACCUCCUCCCGUGACACGACUUUCCGUCUCUGGGAUUUCAGGGACCCUUCCAUCCACUCUGUGAAUGUUUUCCAAGGACACACGGACACUGUGACCUCUGCUGUGUUCACCGUGGGAGACAACGUUGUAUCAGGCAGUGAUGACCGCACAGUGAAAGUCUGGGAUUUAAAAAAUAUGAGAUCCCCAAUUGCAACUAUUCGCACAGACUCUGCCAUUAACCGAAUCAAUGUAUGUGUUGGCCAAAAAAUCAUAGCCCUCCCACAUGACAACCGACAAGUGCGAUUGUUUGAUAUGUCAGGAGUGCGACUGGCACGGCUUCCCAGGAGCAGUCGACAGGGCCACAGAAGAAUGGUGUGCUGCUCUGCAUGGAGUGAGGACCACCCCAUAUGCAAUCUUUUCACAUGUGGCUUUGAUAGACAAGCUAUUGGUUGGAACAUCAACAUUCCUGCACUGCUACAAGAAAAAUAAGGUCACCCUUGUACCUUAGUUUUGUGGCUUGCCAUGGACCUUUGAUUCAUGCAGCUCUUCUGCAUAUUAAUCAGCCAUUUCAGUAAGAGUUUGACCCUGGAAAGAGUGCUCUGUAUUUGUUUUUUUCAUAUUGUGCUCAGCUUGCAUGAAGUGUACAGAAAGAUGUGUGAUCCUAUUUUUAUUUUUGUCUCUAAAGUAUAUAUAUUGAUCCUCUGGUCAGUAGAAGUGAAACUCACCUCCCUUGUAGCACAUAAAAUGCUUGUGAGUUGUUGACAUUUGACAGAUGAACAGUAGGGCAUUACCUUUGUGUGAAUUAAAUGUGAACCUCUGUACUUGUGAGGUACAAAUGGUCUGUUGCAUUUUCUGGAAUUACUACAUAUCUACCUUGUACUGGGAAGAAUGCAGAGCUGCAUUGGUGUUGGCUAAUAUCAGCAGGAGUGAUCAAAGAUUUCAUAUUUACUUUUGUAUGAAGUUUUAGCAUGUGUUGCUGUAUAAAUUUAGUUUCAACUCUUAACUUCUAUAAAAAUAACCUGGAUUUGCCAUAUUUGUGUAGUUACUUUUGAGAAGAAAACAUUUCUGCUUUUUUUUUUUAAAUAGAAAGUCAUUUCAAUCUCCUGAAGUCUCAUACUAGCAAAUUCUAAAAUACGAUUCUAAUCACUGAUUUUAAAUAUUAAGCAAAGUUUAAAGCACUUUAGUUUAUAGCUGUGGUUAUAAACAGUUUUUAUACGUUUCAAAUUACUUAUCCAUUGAAUGUGAGUUUGCCUUUCUUUAUAGGAAGGCCCUGAUACCCAAAAAGAAAAUCUUACUUAUUUUCUACAUCUUUGGUUUGUGCAUAUCUAGAUGGAUUCACUUCCUUGGUGGCAUUUGAGAGCCAACAAUGCAAAUAAAUGAGUACUACCUCAAAAAUAAACAUUUAGAAAACUUUGGAGUCUCACUGUUGCCUAGCUAAAGCACUUUGGAUUUAUAGCUGGACUACUGAAUUCAGUGUGGUAGACAAAAAAGACAAUCAUACCAAAUGUAUCCUGAAGGUAAAAGUUUCUCCAGUUAGGCUGAUAACAUGAUAACCAGGACAGAUAGUUCACAGGUAGCAAGAAGCUUUGUCUUUAGUAGCUGGGAUACCUUUGAGUGCCAGUCCUACUACUGUGUGAGUGAACCUUUUAUUCUUGCCUUCUUAGGAGUUACUGUUCAUCUGGUAUUUGUGAAUUCCUGUUUCUUACUGAGUUAAACUUUUGAUAAAGACAUCUCAGUUAACUGUCCCUCGUGUAGUCAUUCUUUAUAUAUGGCUGGAGAGACACAGGAAGGUAAUACUUAAAACUAUUGUGGGGACCUUGCCUCAGCCUGUUCCACAGUUCCCUCUGUUUCCUGUCUGAUGCUGGAGGGCCCCUAAGUGCUAGGUAGUUUGGUGAAGUGUUGUACUGUGCUGUACAGAACAUUUAGGUGUCUUUGGAGAAACCCACAAAGAGUGAGGAAUGCCUCAUUAUCAGUACUUUUUACUUGGGUCCUAAUGAGCAAUUCUUGGUAAAUUCACAUAUGACUUAAGGAAAAUGAUUCUGUCUUAGAACUAUUCUGUUUCAUUUAAGCUCAAAACUUUGUUCUAUUUUUCAAGUCCUACACUUUCUCCCAUCCAAGUUUCUGAGAUCAGAUGAGAUCUGGCACAUGCAGGGUAGUAUGGUCAUAGACAAGUCCAAUACAACACUUUCUGAUCACAACUCUGACUACAGCGUUUUUGAGAAUUGAAGUCAGGCUGGUCACUAUGAUUAAUUAGCUCUUCCUGUCCUGAGUGUAUAUUGGUUGAUGAUGGAGUAAUGUAGCAUGAUGUUUGUUACCACCUAAGUUUACCUUAUAAGUAAAGAUAAUUGCCAUAUUCCCUCUCACUCCAGUGCUUAUAUUUAAAGUUACUAAUGUAGGUGACUUCCAGAGAUGAGCUACACAGGCCAUGUUCUUGUAUUCCUUAUUUUUAAAUUUGAAGUUUGUCCAUAUAUAUACAUACAUACAUACAUAUAUAUAUAUAUCUUAAAAUGACAAUUGCAAAAGCUGAUUUAACCUUAAGAACCAUAUCUCUGCUAGGCAAACCAUUUUUUUAUUUUUGAAGCCUUUUUAAACUCUGUAUUGAUGACAGCCAUUUAGUUCUAUGCGGACUUAGUGACCUUCACUGCCAGUAGCUGCUCACCUACUCUUGCUAACUGGAGGGACCAACCUCUGACACCAGAAACGAGGCUCCUCACUCAUUUCCAUGAGGGCAGACGACCCUAAUGGUGCUCAAGCAGAGUUCUCAGGAGCAGGAUGAGACUUACUGUUAACUACUGUAUCAUCUGGCCCAAUCUUAUCCCACUGCUGCUUGUGGCCACAUGAGUUUAUGACUGGGGACAUUUCACAUGCGUGUGAGUGUGUGCAAGCUUGUGUUCAUAUGGCUGUGAUUAAGUUAUUAGCCACAUGUGAUCUCAUUAGAAAUAGUAUUUGGAAAUAUGAACACAUGGUAUGCUGAAGUGUCCAGGAUUUCAUUUAAUGAUGGAAGGAAAAUGUGUGGUUCCUGAAACACAUGUUGAUACAAUAUUUCCUAAGAGAUUUGUUAGACAACCACUCCAUAGCAACCACUGCAUACCAGUUUUUGUAAAGUCAGAAGUUCUGUACAUAUUUUGAAUCUGAAGACUGUAAAUCAUUUGUUACUCAAAUCUGUGAAAACGAAUUUCUUUGGAGGAAAAAGUAUGCAUUUAUAAGUGUUCUGUGGAAUCAGUUAUUUUUAUUGUAUUGAUGUAAUUGUUUUACAUGUUCAGUGUCUUCAUUACAAUAUGAAAUUCAUUAAAAUGUUUAUGUUCCAUAA